UGACUCAGAGCGACCUUCCGUACAACAGAGCCAAGGAGCACUCAGUCCUCUGCCGUUCUUACCGUUGUCCAAAGCUUGACAGGAGCACAGGGCAUGAGCAGUGCAUGUGGGAACGCGGACGCCAAGAAGCGUCCCAGGUACCUCCCCGCCCUCCAUCGCACUGACCUGCCAUCUGCUACGGACCCAGCCAGGCUUCCAGAUAAUUCUACCCCUGAAACAACGAGUAUGAAUACCGCAGACAAUGGUCUGAACUGUCUGUGCGCUAUAUGUGGGGACAGAGCUACAGGAAAGCACUACGGAGCAUCGAGCUGCGAUGGGUGUAAGGGCUUCUUCAGACGCAGCAUACGCAAGAGCCAUGUUUAUUCCUGCAGGUUCAGUCGGCAAUGCAUUGUUGACAAAGACAAAAGGAAUCAAUGUAGAUAUUGUCGAUUAAGAAAAUGCUUUAGAGCAGGAAUGAAAAAAGAAGCUGUGCAAAAUGAACGGGACAGAAUAAGCACCAGAAGAAACACGUUUGAUAACAGCAAUAGUCCCUCCAUUAACACGCUGGCCCAAGCUGAAGUUCUGUCUCGCCAGAUAUCUGCCACAAGUCCUGGGGCAAGCACUGACAUAAAUGUUAAGAAAAUUGCAAGUAUUGGUGAUGUCUGUGAAUCUAUGAAGCAGCAACUCCUGGUCCUGGUGGAAUGGGCCAAAUAUAUUCCUGCCUUCUGCGAGUUACCAUUGGAUGAUCAGGUGGCCCUGUUGAGAGCUCAUGCCGGAGAACACUUACUUCUUGGAGCCACAAAGCGAUCCAUGGUUUAUAAAGAUAUUUUGCUUUUGGGAAACAACUACGUUAUUCACCGUAACAGCUGUGAAGUGGAGAUAAGCCGUGUGGCCAAUCGGAUUCUAGAUGAGCUCGUCCGGCCAUUUCAAGAAAUUCAGAUUGAUGACAAUGAAUAUGCUUGCUUGAAGGCAAUUGUAUUUUUUGACCCAGACGCGAAAGGGCUGAGUGACCCGGUAAAAAUUAAGAACAUGCGAUUCCAAGUUCAGAUUAGUCUGGAAGACUACAUCAAUGACCGGCAGUACGACUCCCGCGGCAGGUUUGGGGAGCUGCUGCUGCUGUUGCCAACGCUGCAGAGCAUUACCUGGCAAAUGAUUGAGCAAAUACAGUUUGUGAAACUUUUGGGGAUGGUGAAAAUUGACAACCUACUCCAGGAAAUGUUACUGGGCGGUGCUUCCACUGAUGCCAGCCAUCUCCAUCACCCAGUGUACCCGCAUUUGUCUCAAGAUCCAUUAACUGGACAAACGAUCCUUAUAAGUUCCAUGUCAACACUUGUUCAUCCAGAUCAAAUCUCAACUCCGGAAACCCCACUUCCUUCCCCUCCACAAGUCUCUGGACAAGAACAAUACAAAAUAACUGCGAACCAAGCAUCAGUGAUUUCUCACCAGGCUCUUCCCAAACAAAAACAAUUGUGAAAAUAUGUUUACUUCCAACAGCACUGCAUAAUGUGACAAAUUUCUCAUCUUGAAAUAACUCAGGAUAGUACUUUUGGCAAGCCCUUCGCCAAGGCUUCUCCAUGGUGCUGUGAUAGGAGGCUCCCCUAUUUUUUGUUUAUAUGCUCAUGCGUUGUAUUUUUAUUGCCAUUGCUUAAAACCAUCUGAUGAAACCAGUGUGUAUCUGAGUUUGGAUGUUUUUAUUUGGCUCAUUUUUCUCACUGCCCUUGAGCUGUUUUUAAGCCAGUUAAAUCUUAUGUACUACUUUUAUUUGUUGUCUUGAAGUUAAUUUAAUUCUGUAAAUAAUUGUUUUAUCAUGAUGUGAUGCAGAACGAAGUGUCCUUUUUUGAUUGAGAGUAGCAGAUGAGAAAUUCCAGGUUAAUAUAAAAUGAACCAAGUCUUUACAAAUCAUAAACUUGCAGGAUAGAAAAAUAAAGCCAUUUCUGUAGAACAAGAUGUAUUUUUUUGCACAUGAAUCAGGAUAGAACUGGGUUUCCUACACUAUAAAUAUUCAUGGGAACACAGAACAUCAUCUUUCUACUGGUGAGUUUGAACUGUUAUUCUUGAGGUUAGAAGCCCAAGUAUUGACCCACUGUGCCACGAGGGAUCCUUAAAUAGGCCUGUCUUAAAUUUAGAAAACUAUGCAGUCAUGCCAGGGAUAACUCUUUCUUGAGGUCCAACUGUAUUUGAGCACAUGUUAAGAUCGGAGUAUACUUUAUUAGUUUGAAUGCAGGCUAAACUGUAAGUAACAAAUAUACCCUUAAAACAGCGCAAAUAAGAGAAAUUGGUUUCACUCUCUUGAAACACAAUAAAUGUAGGAAUCUGGUUGGCUUGAGCUUAGUACAUGGUCACAUCAAGCUCCCAAGGAAACUGGGAGACUUGGCUUUAGUUCGAAGGCCUUCGUCAACAAAAAUUAUGUGUAACUCUGAAAGACCAAUAUUGGGAGAAUAUUAUUAUUAACCAUUGAUAUCAGUCGUCUACCACACAUAUUGUCCUGGUUAAUCUUCCCAACAACCCUGCCAGAGAGACUGUGUUUUUCUCUCUUUAAAAUAAAUUCAUCUUUAGUUCUGAGGCUGAACUAGUCUUUAAGCCUAAAGAGGUAGAAGAGUGAGUCCUCAUCGGCUUUAAUAAGAAGAAAGUGUUGGUGCCGAAUGAAAAUAGAAUGUGUGCUUCUUACUCUGGCUCCUAAAUACACCCAAGUCAGGGCUGACUGAAUACUAUCAUGGUAUGUGUGGCACAGCUAUAUUACGUGAUGAAUGUAUACUAUUUCAUUAAGAAUAAGAAACCAAUUUUACUAGGCGUCUCCUAAGGCUUAAACAAACUUUUAAACAAAGCGAAACACAAUGAUACACUGACAAGGAUAUAAUUUUUAAAAUCAACAGUUACUUAGCAUAUUUUAAAAAAUCCAGAAACCCAGUGAUUUCUAAAUGCAUAAUCCUAGACAACGGAGUUCAGUUCAUUGUCGACUUUAACUGUGUUAUGCCAUCUAAUGCUGGGGCUUAUUGUCAAGCGAUUAGAGCCGGACUGUCUCCUGCUUUGGCGCCUCCGCUCUCUGACUAUCGCACACGAGCUGAAGCAGGAGGUACCUGGUGAGGUAAUGAUCAGUUGGGUAUUAAUAAAAGAAUAUUGCCAGGCUGUAAUUUAGAUAUUGAAUUACAUAAUUUUUGAGAACUAUCAAAAUUUAUAACAUUGUAUAACUCAUUUACCCUCCCCGCCCCCCCGCCAAGAACAACCAAGAGGGACUUUCCUUCUAAUGUGAACUAUCUUACUGGCUUUGCAAGUGAGAUUAUUACCUACAGUGAUCUUUCCAUAGUAGAAUCGGCACAAUUUCUCCAAGAUCUAGUAUCCUCGUUAAGCUAUAAAGUAUGUCUCAGAAAGAUGGACUUUUAAAAAAAAAUCUUUGUUUUGAACUCUUAAUGUUUGAAAAUACACUGUAGUCUGUCUAUUUUACGAUAGGAAUGUCUUUGAUUUUUUUUAUUAAUACAAGCAUAUUUUGUAGGGUUUCUGCUUCUCUUGUGUGUGUUGUUCUCUUAGAAGACAUGAAAAUGUAACUUUGGAAGUCGAAAAGAUACAAUUCCCUUCUAGUGCACUCUUUAAUUUAUCCACAAGUACUUACUGAGCAACUAUGUUUCAAAAAUUACUACUAAUGAUUUUGUUCUAAUAACUAUUAUCAGGGGUGUCUGUAGUAUAAUAUUUUUAUACACUGAGCUUUCAGAAAUGCUUGAUAAAGAGAAAUGGAUAUUUUCAGCAUGUGGACAAGAGAAGUUAUUGUUUUUAUAUAAUAAAAAACAUUUUCAGGUGAUAAAAGUGAAUAAUUUAUUGUGAAAAAUGAUUGAUUUUAUAAAUGUAAAAUUAUUUUUAUAAAUUUCAUUGUUGAAAAUAAAAAAUGACUAGAUUUUCCAUUUAAAUUAUAGUAAGAAUAAAGUAUUUCUGAACUGUGAUACCAUGUUAUUUUACUGAACUUUUUAAAUAAACA